ACAGGAAGGUCACACCAUCCCUCACCAUCAUCAGGGUGAAGAUCUAAUGAACAUGAAAGUUGAGGGUGAAGUAGAAGAGACGUAUGUGAGGGAUGAUCAGCAAUAUACGGAGGAGGCUGGAAUGAUGACGUUCAAAGAGGAGAACACCCCUACAGAGAUCAGGGAAGGACACACCAUUGAGAAACCCUCAAAGGAUCAUCUCACUUUAUCUCUAAGUUUUAAAAUGAAAGAUGAGGACAUCACAAGAGAUUGUGCAGGAGAAAAGGGGAUAACCUCAGCUUUCAAUGGUGGACUUCACAGUGUGGAUGAACUACUAAAUCCCUCUGACUCUAAACAACCUCAUACUGUGGGGGACGGUGCCGGAAUUCAGGGGGAGGAAAAACAUUCCAUUCCUGAAUGUGAGGAAAGUUUUAGCUCUGAAUCAAGUCUUACUGUACAUCAGAAAUCUCACACAGGCGAGGAGCUACAUUCCUGUUCUGAGUGCGAGAAAUGGUUUACACGGAAUUCAGACCUUGUUAGACAUCAGAGAUCCCACACAGGGGAAAAGCCAUACUUUUGCUCUGAGUGUGGAAACUGUUAUACACGUAACUCAGACCUUCUUCGACAUCAAAAAUCUCACACAGACGUGAAGCCUUUUUCCUGUUCUGAGUGUGGGAAAUGUUUUUUAGAGAAGUCCAGUCUUUACAGACAUCAGAGGAUUCACACAGAGGAGAAGCCGUUUUCCUGCCUUGAGUGUGGGAAAUGUUUUCCACAUAAAUCAGACCUUGUUAUACAUCAGAGAUUACACACAGGGGAGAAGCUUUAUCCCUGCCCCGAGUGCGAAAAAAGUUUUCAAUGGAAAUCACACCUUAUUAAUCAUCAAAGAUCUCACACAGGGGAGAAGCCGUAUUUCUGUCCUGAGUGUGGAAAAUCUUUUUCACUGAAGUGUAGGCUUACUGCACAUCAGAUAUGCCACAUGCAAGAAAAGGUGUUUUCCUGCCCUGAGUGUGGGAAAUGUUUUUCACGGAAAGCAGACCUUGUCAAACAUCAAAAAUCACACACAGGGGAGAAGCCGUAUUCAUGUCCUGAGUGUGGGAAAUGUUUUACAGGGAGACCAGAACUUGUGAAACAUCAGAGAAUUCACACAGGGGAGAAGCCAUUCUCCUGUCCGGAUUGCGGAAAAGGUUAUACACAGAAAUCAGACCUUGUUAUACAUCAGAGAUAUCACACGGGGGAGAGGCCGUAUUCCUGUCCUGAGUGCGGAAAAUGUUAUGCACGGAAAUCAGACCUUGUUAUACAUCAAAGAUCUCACACGGGGGAGAGGCCGUAUUCCUGUCCUGAGUGUGGGAAAUGUUGUGCACGGAAAUCAGACCUUGUUAUACAUCAAAGAUCUCAUACAGGGGAGAAGCCGUAUUCAUGCCCUGAGUGCAGGAAAAGUUUUUCACGGAAGUUUUAUCUUUCUGAACACCAAAAAAAACACAAAAAAAUUAUUUCUCACUAUACUGUAGUGUAGAAUCAGCUUUGAAUUUGAGAACCGCUUAAUAAUCCAGAAUCUCUCAUACAGCAAGCCCACACCAGAUCCAACUGUGGCCCCAGACAUAGAAAAAUAAUAUUAUCAAAGUUCUCGUGUUUGUGUUA